AUUUGACUGUUCUCAAUACAAAACCUCUCGACUCUUGGUUGACGUUGAGCAAUACGACGAAGUGGGCACAAGUAUUGCCUACAUCCUUUAGCCUAGAAUCUAUAAAAGUUUUGACAAGGAAAGAAAAACUACAACAACAAAACAGCAGAAUGUCUCGACUUUACCCAACACUGGAGGACAUGCGUGUGGAUCAGUUACAAACGGCUCAAGUGAAUCAUGAGCGGGCCAUCACAGGCAGCAGUGCACAGGCACCACCCCUGCAGUACCCACAGCCCGGAAUGCAGCCACCUGCCCACGUCCCAGCCAUCUCUGCCAGCGCCCUCUACCCAAGUCUGGGCGAGUACAUGGGACUACAGCUGACCCCCGAGAUGGCACAGAACAUGCAGGUGGUUCCCUCACAGGGCAUGGAAGUUGGCGUUAGACAGACCCGUUCAGGCCAGAACCAGAUCGCUCCAAUCACAGGGAACAAUCUCGGCCUGGCUCGUGCAGAAAUCAAAUCUGGGAUCAGAGAGGUUAUCCUGUGUAAAGAUCAGGAUGGGAAACUGGGCCUGAGGAUUCGCCAUGUCAACAGUGGCAUCUUUGUCGCGUUCGUGCAAGUGGGUCUGCCUGCUGCGUUGGCUGGUCUGAGGUUCGGAGACCAGAUCCUCCAGAUCAACGGUCAGACAGUGGCUGGCUGGGACAACAACAAAGCUCACAACUUCCUGAAAAAGGCAGAUGGUCAGAGAAUUGAGUUUGCCGUGAGGGACAGGCCUUUUGAGCGUACAGUGACCAUGCAGAAAGACAGUAAUGGUUUCAUCGGGUUUGUCUACAAAGAUGGCCGCAUCAAGUCUCUGGUGAAGGACUCCUCUGCAGCCCGUAAUGGACUCCUCACUGAUCAUCAACUGAUCGAAGUCGGAGGUCAAAAUGUCGUUGGUCUCAAGGACAAGGAGACGGGCGCAAUCAUCGACUCCUGCGGCAGAACUGUCACUGUCACGGUGAUGCCUUGCGUCAUUUAUGACCACAUCGUUAAAUGCAUGGGCUCAAGCAUCGUCAAGAAACUUAUGGACCAUUCAAUUCCAGACCUGUAAGGGAACAAGCGAGAGAUUGGUGUGAGAAAAGAACCCAUAUAUGGACUUUGGUAGAAGUUGAGAAGGAAAGGCGCCGACCCGUAUUGACGGCUGCUAGGUGGACGAUCUAAUCGGCAAAAGGCUCGUGAUUUGGGUUCAUCAUUGAGAGACAAAAAGUAGUUGAAUUGAAAUUCCGAGAUUGUUAGUUUUCUUGAGGAGAAAAGUUACAAAGGCAGUUGACGACCUCCCCCCACUGUAGUUUGCCUUAGAUCUUGUAGCUCUCUACAAUACACUAUGCCACAGAUGCAAAACACUUGAUGAUUGUUCCUUUGAGAAAAAUUGUUUUUUUUCCGGUUCUUGGAUUGUACUCUUUUUUUUUACAAAGUUUUAUUGAUGUUCUGUGAAUCUUGAAUGUACAAUCUACGCACCUAUUGUGUUGGUCAUAAUUUACAUGUGUGCAUAAGGUUUUGUUUUUGCUUGUUUUUCUCUUUUCUUUGUGAUUUACAGUCUGUUGGCUUUUUACAAUGUUUUUUUGGUUGUUGUUUUUUUUUGUGAUAGAUAACUGAAAAUUGAAAAUGAAAUGAGUAACAGAUUGGUUUCUUUCUGGAACUCUAUCCCUAAAAAUGGGUCCAUUUAGAGGAAGCAAAUAUUGUCACCUGAGUGCAAGAAGUGACUAGAUCCACUUUUCACAGUUUCGAAAAAGAAGAGUUUGAAAUUUUGACGAUUUUGAAAUCUUUAUAUAUAUCAUAGUCAAAAAAGAAACUUGAAUAUCUCGAUACUACGGCUUAGAUAUUUACAGAGGUAAAAGAGCUGCUUAAAGUCUCACUACCCAUAUAUCUAUUGCUCCAUUUCGACCAAAAGUGGAUAUAGUCACUUCUUGCGCUCAGCCAUUGAUAUGAACUGUUCUAGAUUUAUUAAUAACCAAAAAGGAGAAAAAACAAACUGUCCACGAUAUUGAUUCCAUGAAAGAAAUGUUCUUUUUCAUUAAAUUCCACGUUUAAUCAUUGCUGCUCAUGUAUUAUAUGUAAAAAGAAAAAACAAAAAAUAAAACCGAGAAAUUGUUCUGAUGUAAAUAAAUAUGCACUGUUGUUAUUGAUUUAUUGUCUUGAGUUUCUUCGUUUUGGUUUCUUAUGUUGCUACAUCACAAUCUGCUAAUCAAUCAGAUGAAAUUUUGUCUUUAAGGUCUUCUUUUGUUGUAAAGAAGCUCAAAGUUUGUUUUUCUUUGGCUCAAGAUGAUUGUUUGUGUCUAAUUGUAGUACUGAUUUGAUAUUAUAAUAUUUCUAUGCUGUAGAGUCCAUUCAUAAUGUUGUCGACAUAAGGUUAAGAAAGUUGAUUUCUGCUCUGAUCUAAAUUCUUGCAUAAUAUUAAUAUGAAUUCUUUCAAAGGGAGAAAUAAAUAAAACAAAUGAAUUGAUAAGGUGGAAAAAGAUAAGUUCACAUUGUAACUUUACUGUCAAGCUUUAUUUUAAGGUUUUUUAUGCCUAGUUGUAAGAUGAAAGACGUUAUGAUGAUUCAGGUUAGGUUCUUGUAAUGUCUUGAGAAAAUUAUUACAAGUAAAACAAAAUUUCAUCAACUAAAUAAAAUACUCUAUCAGGAAGUAGUGGAAAGGGAAAGAUUUCUAACAUAAUUUUGGAACACGGAAGUUGAAAAGAAAAAAAUCCCGAUCACUAGUAGGUGCUAGGGUUACAUUGCUUUAUCUUAUUAAGGAUUCUUUAGUUAGUGGGGAAAUGUUGAAUAGCUAUGAAUCUAGGCUGUUAUCUUAUCAACCUGUUUGGUGGUGACUGACUGUCCUAGAUAACUCUCAAACAGGCCAGGGAAGGUUUUGUUAUUUACCUUCACGUCGCACACAAUAGACCCUGAUAAAGGGAAUGGCUGUCCACCAAUCUUUGUAUUCUCAGCUCUAUAAAUAGUUCCCAGAGUCAUGUGAGACAGUGAAAAUGCGACUUCUUCUUAAGCUCACUCUUUGUUAUGAACUGUUUUCACUGUUAUUAAAAAUGGAGAUACAACAAGAAAGCACUGAGGUCGCGAUACCAGGAGCUAAUCAAAGAUGUCACUGCACAAUCUAUAAAUUUUUUGGACUUAACUUGUGUAUGGUUACACUUGCUGUUUGAUUGAGAUAUCAGUACUGAAACAUUUCACAACAAGAUUGUAUUGUUUUCGAGAGAAAAGCCAAUAUGAUUGUCGUGCCUCAUGAAUUAUCCUAAUUGUGUUGAUGGGGUCUUAAACUUGGUCAUUUUUACUAUCAAAAACAAAAAACCAAAACUCAUGUAAACCUGACGUGGAUUGGAAUGUCGGAAUACCUCACGAAAUUUGUUAGAAACAGAUUAUAUGGAAAGAAAACAUCUCUAAGUUUUAGAAAUAACUUUACACCGCUCACUAAUUUAUUUGCAGUUGGGAAAUACUUGGGAAGUCUUGUCUAAUGUGGUUUGGGUCUGUUGUAUUAUUUUCAUCGCCCCACUCACCUGCUUUUUUAUCUUGAUAGAAAGUAUAUUUUAUCUGUAAACAAACGCCUGUGUCAUUAUCAAGUUUAUCUUUCAAAUUCAAAGUAUUGAGUGUACUGUCAAACUUUUCCAUAAUGGUCAGUCGAGAUUGCAGAGAAAAGGUCUACUGUUACUGUUUUGUAUGGAGAGGUGAUGACCGAGUCAGGUUCCACUGUAUUUACUAUUCUUAAAGUUAAAACCCAAAGUCUUUGGGUAAUGGCCAAAGGAGCUUCCCUAUCUAUAGCUUUUCACUGACUGAGGAAGAGUCAUCUAAAAUUAGGUAACAGUUUAUCUGAGUGACCUGAUGGCGAAGACAUGGCAUGGGUUGUGUGGUUUGUGUUUUAUUGUUGGAAAAAAACAUUGAAAUGAACUGCCCUAUAUCGAUCACCAGAGCGUCUUUGAUUUGGUUGUGAGGCACUUUGCUAUUGUGUGCGGGAGACCCAAGGUCGAUUCAUGAGUGGGGAGAAAUCUGUAUUGACAAAUAUCUCGGUCUUUGUGCUGAGUUGUUGUAUCCCUCUCAGCCCGAGUUAGACCUGAUAGACAAGGUCGGAAGCCCGCUGUGUAAACAAUCUAAAUUGUGUUGAUAGGGGCGUUAAAAACUCAUACAUUACAAAAUUUAUUUUAACCGCCCUAUUUUAUCGGAGGUUAUUUUCAGAAUCGGUUAUGGUGCGGAAUGACUGGUAUUUGGGUGUUACUUUUUAGACCAUUGGAAAUGCACAUACAUGAUUGAUACUUUCUUCAAAAUUGAAAAGCAUUAUUUUCUGGGGUGACAUUCUUCCAAAAGUUAUAAUUGCAUUGAAUAGGAUGGAUAGUUUUGUUCCUUGUGGGGUUUCUUUUGGUUGUUGUUUUACAGAAUGAGUUAAAUGUGUUUGCAAUGAAUUGUGUUAGAGCUAGAUCCAUUUUUAACUUUGUUUGUUGUUUUUAGAUUUUACUGGACUGAUGUACGUUGACUAAAUGACUCAGAAGUUACAUUCUGCACGUGGGAUUUGCUUAAUCAUACUCUAACUGUAGCAUAGGCUUUAGAUUCCCUAUUUUUGUUCAGUGUCCGUUUAGACAAAGAGAACAGAAACCUGUAUAGAAACGGACAGAAACUUGCAAACCUACUAACAUUGCAUUCUUGUUACAGUACUUAUUUGUAGAAUGCAUGUUAACUUUUUGGUUGAGUUGUGAGGGGAAGCUUAGCCAGUGAGGUGCUUAUACAACUGAAGCUUUGUCUCUUGUUCCCAUGAGCCUUUUGUUAGCUCAGAUGGAUAAUACUGAACUACAGAGGAUGGUCUUGGUUCAAAUCCCAGGCUGGGUGUUCUUGAACUCUGGUUGUUUUAUGGGGUAUUCAAGACUCUCAACCCAUCUGGCUUGGACCUAUCGGAGAUGGAAGUUAAAUCCGGAGGUCGUGCCUUUUAAAUAAUCCGUACACUUACAUUUUUUCUUUGUUCCCCACGUCUGCUCGUAAAGUUGUCAUUUAAAAUAUUUUACUGAUGUUUUUUGGGGUUCAACAACAUAAAAUAUUUGAAAGACGUGUUUUGUUUAUAUAUUUGAAAAUGUAGUUGAAACUAUUAUAAUUUCAUCUGUUUUAGGAAAUCCCUAGCUUUUGUAAUUUUUAAAAAUUUUUACAGGGUGAAUACUUGGCCCAAAAUCAGGUGUUAUAAUACAAAUGUGCAAUUGCAAAUACUUAUCAGGCUAAGAAAUCUUGAGAAAAUGCCUGUCUCCUAGUCUAUUCUUCACUGUUUACUCUCUAUCUGUUGUGUGGUUUAAAGGUGUUGGGGAUAUAAGUGACUAUCAGUGCUUUAGUUUUGCUCUUUGUGAAAGGGGUAUGGAUGUAGUAUAGUGGCUUUAACUCCCUGUGGGUUGAAUAGGCACCUGCAGUGUAAUAGUUAGUAACUUCGGAAGGACUUCCUUAACAAGCGACCACCCCAACAAACACAAUAAAGAAGAGACCUAACCCUAACCCAAACCCUACCCCUUACCCCUAAGCCUCUAUUCUACUCUGUGUCAUAGUGGUCGCUUGUUACGGAAGUCCCCCGUAUCUUCGUGGUUUUGCAUGGAUGAUGUGAAUUUGAUUCUGGCUAGCAAAAGUUACUGAGUUGAGCAUUGUCUGUCUGUGUCUGCUGGGAUGCUGUUUCCACCAACUCAGCCCGAGUUGGACCUCACAGGCAGAAUGGAAGCAGCCAGUCUCCAUUCUGAUCUUACCUCUUAGUAUACAGAAGGUUAUUCCCCCCAUAUGUGCACAGCUAUUUUGUCAUCCAAGUUGUUAGCAUCACAAACUUCCCUUUAACCCCACUCCAGUUGAACUUAUCUGCAUAAAAUAAGAAUGAAACUGAGGUGAAAUGAAUGCAACAUCCAAUGAACAGGCAGUUCGAUUUUACAGAUAAGACUUAUUUUCUGAGGAUUCAAAGAUUUGUGUCAUGACUGAACAACUGAGCAAUGCCGUGCCAUCUGACCAGGCGUGCCGUAUACUAAGAGUUAAUGGUGUCGAGAGGGCUGUAAAACCUUUUUCUGUCACUAAACGGGAAUGGAUGUUUCAAUAGUAGCUUUACUCUCCGGGGUUGAUGUCUCCUGUAAAAACUGUGGAGCCCUUGUAAGUGUCUUGUCCUCAGUAGACGUUGUUUCUCUAUGGUUGAUUUCUUGGCCUGAAAGGUCUUGACAGUUUUUUGUUUUGCGUUGCAUAAUUGAUGUAAUUUUACAAAAUGUAAGAUACAUGUGGGACAAUACCAUUAUUAAUGUUACUUUUUUAUUUCUUUUGCAUCCUAUGAUUCUUAAUGCAUUUAUUGUUCACACAUUUGAGUAGAAGUUCACAUUUCAUUGUAGUUGUAGCGUUGUAGUAUAUUAGUUCUGGUCCAGAUCUAAUGAAAAGUCCUUCAGACAUUUUUUCCUCCCGUGUUCUUUCUGUCAUAGAUAGAGACUAAGUUAUGUCUCUUUUUUAUUAGCCGUUGACCUUCAAGUGAGUAAACAUGUAGACCUACAAUUAAGUUGUACAGUUUUACAGUGGUUAACCGCAGCACAACUUAUUAUAAGUACACGUUCCUGAGAUAUGUGUUAUAUUGCGUCGUAUGGACACCUAUCAGGCCUAAUUAACCCUGUCAGACCGUAUUCCAGUAUACUCCAAACUUCAACUAUACCUGAUUCCCGUUACACCGGUAAUUGGGAGGUUGCGUCAUAUUUUUAAACUGUUUACCACACGAGUAGUGCUUGAAAACCUAUCCAAGUAUUGACAUUAGCUCAAAAAUAGGCCUCUUAUCUGUAUUUCUACCAAGUUUCAUGUGUUUCUGAUAACUCGUUAUCCUGUAUUAACCACCUUUUGCACACUUUUGCUCAGGAGGCCAGGUAUUGAGGGAAGUUAGGUUAAGGGCGUAAGGUUUGACAGGGUUAACAACUGAGGUAUGUGUUAUAGCGUUGUUUGGACACCUGUCAGGCCAAAUUAACAAGGAGGAUAGAAAAGAGUGUUCCCAGUACAAUUUAGCAUGCAUAUAAUAUAUUGCAAAGUUGGCGGGUUGCUGAAAUCUUUUUUCAGUUAUGUAUGAAUUUUACAACAUAAGGUAAUUCAAAGAAAUUCAUGUUGUAUACAUGUAUUUUCAUAAAUAGGGCAACUGCAAAUCUGUUCGCCAUGUGUGCGCACUUCGCUCUUUGCGUGUUUGCUAUGUGCAUCAUAGACUAUUUUGUUCCUGACUUUUGCUUUUCUCAAAGAAAAGCUUGAUGGGAAACUCGCAUAAUGAAUACUGAGAACAGAGAAUGCUUUGUGGUAUAUAAAAAAAGCUGCAAGAUGCUGUGAGUAGGCAAGCACUUGUAUAAUAUUACUUGUAGUGCCUAGCAUUUUCUAUGCAUAUCAAAAAGGCACUGUAACAAAUAUUGCUAGCACUUGUUUGCUUUUUAUAACAUAAAGUAUUCUCUCCUUUAAAUUUACUUGAUUUCUUCAUAUAUCUCAGGUAUGUGAACUGCAGCUGUUGUGGGCAGGUUUCUCUCACCAUCCAGUCUUUUAGGUCCUUUUCUGAGCUUUUAGAUUAGUUGAGUGGGUUUUUUUUCCAACUGUCUGUUUUAGCUUGUAGAAGCUACAUGUAGAUCAUCUAUUUAAUUAUGUCAUUCAGAUUUUUUUUUUUGACAUUCAGAAAAGGAUUUAUUAUAUUAUGUACAGGUAACCAAAUUGGGAGCUAUUUUGCGUUUGUUGUAACUUUUCAUUUAUUACCUAUGGUGAAAGUAUUUCAAAGCUAUUCAUUAAUCACUUGUGAGAUAGAAAAACUCAACUUUCUAAUGGCUAAAGGUUUGAACUAUGAAUUAUGCAAGAGAAAUCUAAUUUAAAAAAUAAAUAACAAGUAGUAUUAUGAAGCUUGAGGGAAUGAUGUCAUACUUUGUCCUCUGUUGGGUACAGUUUAGAGUGGGGAUAUAAUUGGGAGAAAAAGUCAUUGCUACUCCGGACCAGUUUUGAGAACUUUGUCUAUUCUGAUGCCCUGAGUCUUUGUGUUCAUACUAACAAAUUUUAUUCUUUCCUUGCACCAAAAAACCAUUAUUGCGUUGAUAUGUUUCUCUUUACCCAAAGUCAAACAUGAGGAAUGAAGUACAGAUGCUCUUUUAGCUCAGUCGACUAGACUGUCUAUUAGUCAACAUUACUUUCUCUUCUUUGAAUAAGGUUCCGUGUGUGAAGGUUGUUUUGUGAAGUUUACAACUCUCCGUCCCUUCCUUUCACAGGUUGAUAUUUGAUGAUUUGUGAGACGUGCUGACAAAAUGAGUUACUUCUCGCAAUCCACAAAUGGAGAUAUUGGCCAAAAACUGACACAAGGGUCAAAUUUGUUGAUUUUUUAUUGAUGCCGUAUUCUCCAACAAUAAUAAGCCUUUUAUUAUUUCAUACUUAUAAAUUGUAAAAAACUUCACCUGUAAGCGUUAUGUAUCUAUUUCCAUAGGGCUCGAAUUCGAGUAGUAACUUAUUUUGUCUGCAGGCUUCACAUUAUCUACAGUGAAAGAGGAGCAAAACAUGAAAGUAAUGUUUUUCAAAAUGCACACUGUCUGUGACUUGUUUUUCUAUACUACUACAACCCUUGCAGUAUUCCUAGAAAGUGUGAUUUCAAUGUGCUUCUCUGUUUUCCUCUUUGUAAUCAAAAGUUUUUCUUUGAUAACGAGCAGAGGCUAGGCUUUUCUCCCUCAUUAUCUCCUAUAUACUCAAUACCCUUGGUAGCCACCCAUAUAUAGACUGCACUCACCUUUUAAUCUACAGUAGGCACAUACUUGUAUCGAUUCCUUCUGAUUGCAUAAGAUAUUUCACUGAGUCUCUGAGAGUUGUGGUUCUCAGACCAAGACACUUUGCAGAACUCAAUAAAUUCAUUUUUGAUGGAUUCGGAAAAUUUAAUAGUAUACAAGGAUUUGUCGAUAAAAUUUCAACCUUCAUACCUUUUGCAGUAGUAACAACGACAAUUUGAAAAAUUGGUCUGGAAUAACAACUAAAAGUAAAUGGCUGAUACUGAGGUUUUUAAAAAUGUAAACAGAGCUUUUUAGAAGCUGUUGGGUAAUUGGCCUACAUCUGGGAUGUAAAUGUUCUGUUCAUAUACAGAAGUGAGUCUUUAUUUUCCUGGUGUUAUUAUUUUAAGUUUAACUCACUUGAGCCUAUUCCCGUAUAUUUACCUGACGUGCCGCCAGCCCGAUAACUUAAUCCCGUGUAUUUAUGGAAGGCGCUUUAUCAAUCGGUAUCUGCAGUGUUUUUCAUUUACAAGCUACUGGAAGCCGGGAGCCAACAGCUGACCCACUUGCUUCAUUUCCUUAAAAAUUUUGUGAAAUUAUAUACAAUACUUUUUUUUUUUAGCAGUAACAGACUAAGUCAGUCACCCCCCACAUUGCAAUAGAUGAUUUUAGUAUAAAUUGGGCUCCAAAAAAGUUGCCUAACCCUCAGACAUUGCCACAUAGAAAUACUGAUAAAAUAAAAACUAUUUGGACAAACCAGAUGCAGUUUACUUUUUAUGUGAGAGCAUUACUUUCUUUCUGUGGUUGCACAUUUUAAAAAUUAUGAUAGCUUUCACAGCCUUUUUGUGGUUAACGCUUCAAUAUUCAAUAUACCCCAAAAUUGUCAUGCUGCAAUGGUUGUUGGGAGAUAAAUACCUCAGGCUCAAGUGAGUUAAAUGAUUGUACUCAGAAACAUUACUAUGUGGGCCAAGGUAACGCUUUCUAGAAUUUUUUUGAAAAAUGUUACUUACAGAUUUUAAAAAUCUGUCUUGAAAUAUCCUAGAUUCAUAAUUUUAUUGUGUUUUAUGUCAUCUGAAUUAAAUGUUACUGGCAUAUUCUGGCUCAUUGACCAGGUUUUCCCACCGCACUAUUCCAUGAAAUGUGUCACUGAUGUGGAUAUCAAAUAGCCUUGUUGGGGACAAAGUCUGUUGAGUUAAUUUUACUUAAAAUGCUUUAG